CUCAGGCAGUGUCCUUGUCGUCCAAGUCUAGUCUGUCCCGGGGCCGAAAAGUGAUGCUGUCCGUGCUGGGCAUGCUGGCGGCAGGGGGUGCAGGGCUGGCCGUGGCCGUGAGUGCCAGCGACCUGGAGCUGCACGCACGCCCCCCGCCCAGCUACCCGUGGUCUCACCGCGGCCUCCUCUCCUCCCUGGACCACACCAGCAUCCGGAGGGGCUUCCAGGUAUACAAGCAGGUGUGCUCCUCCUGCCACAGCAUGGACUACGUGGCUUACCGCCACCUGGUGGGCAUGUGCUACACUGAGGAUGAAGCUAAAGCCCUGGCCGAAGAGGUGGAGAUUCAGGACGGCCUCAAUGAUGAUGGGGAGAUGUUCAUGCGACCCGGAAAGCUGUCUGACUACUUCCCCAAACUGUACCCCAACCCUGAGGCUGCCAGAGCAGCCAACAAUGGAGCCGUGCCCCCUGACCUCAGCUACAUCGUGCGAGCUAGGCACGGUGGUGAAGACUACGUCUUCUCCCUGCUCACGGGCUACUGUGAGCCGCCCACCAGGGUGUCGCUAUGAGAAGGCCUCUACUUCAACCCCUACUUCCCUGACCAGUCCAUUGGCAUGGCUCCUCCCAUCUACGACGAGGUCUUGGAGUUUGACGAUGGCACCCCAGCUACCAUGUCCCAGGUAGCCAAGGAUGUGUGCACCUUCCUGCGCUGGGCAUCCGAGCCAGAGCAUGACCAUCGGAAACUCAUGGGGCUCAAGAUGUUGAUGAUGAUGGGCUUGCUGUUGCCCCUGGUCUACGCCAUGAAGCGGCAUAAGUGGUCAGUACUGAAGAGCCGGAAGCUGGCAUAUCGUCCACCCAAGUGACCCUGCUGAAGGUCUUCUUGCCAUCCUGUUUGAAUGGGCCUUCAAGCCAAGAAGCUACCCUGGGUCUCUUUAGACCCCAGAUGGCACUCUUGGCCAAGCCCCUCUUCUCUGGGACAAAAGGGGAGGGGGCAGGAGACCGGGCUGGAGCUCCAGAUCCUUCAGCCUCUAUCACGGAAAUAAAUUGAGUUUCUCAAAAGAAAAAAAAAAAA